AUGCCGCUCCUCGCGCGCGCGUCCGCGCCCGUCGCUCGCGGCGCGCCCGUGGCCUCGCGCGCCGGGCGUCGCGGCGAGCGCGUGGCGUCGAAUGGGUCGAGCGAACGAUCGCGCGGCGGUCGCUCCGCGACGCUCGCGCGACGCUCGCGCGCGCGCGUCGUCGUCGCGAACGCGAGCGGAGACGUCGACCUGUUGAACCAUCGAGGGAAGAAGCGCGUGGUCAUCACGGGCAUGGGCGCCGUCACCGCGCACGGGGACGACGUGGACGCGAUGUACGAAAAGCUCCUGCGAGGCGAGAGCGCCAUCACGUCGAUUGAAAAAUGGGACACGGGCGAGAUCGGGACGAAGUUCGCGGGAGAGAUAAAGGACUUUCAGUGCGGAGAGUACAUGAAUAAGAAGCAAGCGAGAAGGGUGGAUCCUUACAUUGCGUACAUGAUUGUCGCCGCGAAGCGGGCGCUGGAGAACGCGCGGGUGAACUGGAACGACGAAGCAGGAGAGCACUACAUCGAUAAGUCGUUGAGCGGGUGUCUGAUCGGAAGCGCGAUGGGUGGUAUGCAGACGUUUGCGACGGCGACGGAGAACUUGGUUACGGUAGGACACAGAAAGAUGAAUCCGUUUUGCAUUCCUUUCGCUAUCACGAACAUGGGGAGCGCUUUGACAGCUAUGGACGUCGGUUUCAUGGGGCCAAACUACUCCAUCGCUUCCGCGUGCGCGACUGGGAACUUCUGUAUCUUGAAUAGCGUCAUGCACAUUCAGAACGGGGAGGCGAAUCUCAUGCUCGCUGGCGCGAGCGACGCGGCGGUUAUCCCCAUUGGUAUGGCUGGGUUCUCCGCCGCCAAGGCGCUGAGCACACGCAACGACGCCCCAGCGGCGGCGUCUCGACCGUGGGAUGCGAACCGAGACGGAUUUGUCAUGGGAGAAGGCGCGGGUGUGCUCGUUCUUGAAUCUUUAGAGAGUGCUCUGGCGCGCGGUGCGCCGAUCUUAGCUGAGGUUUUGGGGGGGUUUGCGACAUGCGACGCACACCACAUGACCGAGCCGCGCCCCGACGGUGUGGGUGUUAACAUGGCGAUAGACAAGGCUCUUGAACUGGCCAACGUCAAGGCUGAUGACGUCAACUACAUCAACGCACACGCCACAUCCACUCCCGCAGGCGACUUGGCGGAGCUUCGUGUUUUGCAAAAGAAGUUCAAGGCUUCGGGCGCCAAGAUCAAUAGCACGAAGAGCUUGAUCGGGCACUUGCUUGGCGCGGCAUCCGCCGUAGAGGCCGUCGUCUGCAUCAAAGCCAUCAUGUCCGGCGAGGUUCACCCGAAUAUUAACCUUGAAACCCCGGAUGAGGGCGUUGAUACGUCCAUGUUGGUCGGUUCGACUCGUGAGAAGCUCGACGUCAAGGUUGCUCUUUCGAACUCUUUCGGUUUCGGAGGACACAACUCUGCCGUGUUGUUCGCACCGUACAAGCCGAAGCGCGUCUAA